GCUUUCUGUAUUUAAUUUUAAUUAAUGUGCUUAACCGAUUUCAUGGUUUUGGUUUUUAACAGUUUUAACGGUUAAAAGAACCACAGAUUGUUUAGUUAGUCGUUUCCUUCUUUCAAGAACCUCUGAAACGACUCGAAUCUUUCAGAGCGGGGUCCAUGGCGUCUUCGAAGCGUUCGUGGACGUUGUCUUCGUUGCCACCGGAGAUAAUAGAAGAAAUACUCUACAGGGCUCCGCCUGAAUCUCUACUCCGGUCAAAACCGACGUGCAAGCAAUGGCACGCUCUCAUCACCAGCAGAAGAUUCAUCUACGAACACUUGCGUCGCUCCCCGCAAAGAUUCAUAAGAACCGAUGAGACAGUAGUACAGAUCAUGGAUCCGGUGACAAGAAGACGCUCAGAUUCACCACUCCCGAAAGAGCUCCAACGUCCGUACGAUGUAAAUGUGAUGAUACACUGCGAUGGACUCAUGUUGUGUAUGCGUGGUCACUUUCAAUAUAGAAAGACCAACCUCGCGCUUUGGAAUCCCGUUUUGAGGGAACUCAGAUGGAUCAAACCGUCCAAGUGUUUCACGCCUUCUGAUUACUACGGGAUCGGAUACGACAUCAACAAGUCUCGUUAUGAUUACAAGAUCUUGAGGUUUUAUGAGCGCCGCUAUGAUCAUUAUAUGCGUCAUGAUGAUUAUUAUGAUGAAGAUGAAGAUGACGAUGACGAUGAAGCAGAGGUUGAGAUAUAUGAGUGCAAGACUCGUUCGUGGAGAACUCUUGGCGAUGCCAAGGUUGAUUGCUGGGAUGUAGAUAUCACGUGCAAAGGCGUGUCCGUGAUGGGUAACAUGUACUGGUUUGCUCAGAAGUAUUGGGAAGCUGAGAAGAAGCACAGAAGCUACAUUCUAGGUUUCGAUUUCUCAGCUGAAACGUUCAAGGACGUAUGCUUUGCUCCUCCCUCUCGUGGCGAUAAUUAUCUAGCCUGUUUCGAUGGAGAUAGAUUGUCUUUGCUACAGCAAGAUCAAGAAACGACAAGCCCGAUUGAGGUGUGGGUUUCAAGCAAGUUGGCUGGUGAUGGGGAUGUCUUGUUCAGCAAGUAUUUCAGCGUGUCCCGCCCCGAUCUUCCGGCGUUACUGUUCCAUACAGAUAUGGCUCAUCCGGUGUACUGCGUUGGGAAGCACAAACGCGUUAUGGCAUGGUGCGAGGGAGAUGUGUAUGAUGGUGAUGAUAAGAUUCCUCCUACUUGCGUCAUUUUCUAUGAAAUUGAUGAGGGUGGGGUAAGAAGACAGCUUGAGACAGAGCGACACUACGGGUCUGGCUAUUCUGGGACUUUUCUUUGUGGCUACGUAUACGUUCCAAGUCUAGUCCCUCUUCCGGUAUAAGGGGUGGAUAAGAGGGUUUUGGUUCUGUCUUCUAAGCUUUCGUUUUAGUCUUUGUGUUGUUGAUACUCUGCGCUGUAUAUAUGUUACUGAAAAUGACAUUGGUUUUGGUUUUUGUAUGACAAUCUUGAGAGGGUUUAGGUUAUGGUUCACAGAUACUUAUGAAAAUGCAACUUAUGAAAAACUGCAAUUAGCUCAAUUUGAUAAAGAAAAAAAAGAGAAAAAAAAAAAAUCAUUUUGUAGUAAAGUUUGAUUGAAUUCUAUUUAUAUAUAAAGAGUAAAGAAAAAUCUACAGAUUACCCCUAGAAAAUAUUUGAAGAAUGCAGAGCAUUGUGUUUGUAACAUUUUUCUGAUAAAAACAUUUGUAUCGCAAAUGAGUAACAAACUAAACUUAUUAACAACACUAACAGAUUAUUAUUAGAUUGAAUUCCGGAGGGAAAGAAGCAAGAAAGACACGGUUCGGUUGGCUUUACUGAAACUGACAUUGGUUUUUGUAUGACAAUCUUGAGAGGGUUUAGGUUAUGGUCCAUAGUUGUAUCAUUUUCAACAAAACUUAUGA